UCUGCAACAGGACUGAAAAAACGAACCAGAAAAGCCCUUCGCCUAGGGAAGAAAGAGAAGGACACAGAAGCAACGAGCUCACCUGACAAAGAGGGAAGCGAAGGUGGAAAGAAGGGAAAAAAAAAGGCCAAUGGAGCUCCUAAUGGUUUCUACGGGGAGAUUGACUGGGACAGAUAUGCCUCACCCGAUGUCGACGAGGAGGGGUUCAGUCUACGGCCCGGUGAGGGAGACAAUGCAGCUUCCAAAGGAAAGCACCUCUCUUCCUCCAGCGAUUCAGACGAUGACGAAGAGAACAAGAAAAAGUUCAAAAUCCGGAUCAAGCCGCUGGUGGCGGACAGCGCCCGGUGUCUUCCUCCAUCCAUGGAUGAGCUGAAAGCCUCUGUGGGAGGUCUGACGCUCUCUCCUUCUCUGAGGAGAAGUCCGAGACGCAGUCCGGGGAUGAUAAAAAGAAACUUAUCAUGUGAAGAGAUAGCUAGACCCAGACGCUCCACCCCAACGCCAAGUUGUGCAUCUGAGACACCAAGCUCCACUGUGCCACAGAAUGUUCCUUCAGUGUUCAGGCAUCCUUCAGAAAGCAGAUAUGCCAGAUAUGAUGCAAUCCGCAGUGAUGCAUGGGGAGAACCCAGACCAUGCUCUGAAUCCCAGCUGAGCCGUAGUUUUCCAACAGGAGCUCCUCCACCACUUCCUCCUAAAACCUUUCCAUCUAGAAGUCGUUACGGUUAUCCUUCGGACUUGGCAGCUGAUCUACCCAAUGGCAGGGCAGCCCGAAGCUCUGCCCCCAUCUACCUGAAUGUCCUUUCCCCUGCCUCUUACCGGGGGUCCCCAGCCCCUGACCUAGACGACGUGUUUGGUCCUGCUGACAGCCCCAGAAUGAGGGAGGAGGCGGCAUCCUCCAGAUGGGUCACCUUCAUGGACGACAGACCUCCACCUCCUGACGAACCAGCUCCUCCUCCACCACCAGACUCUCCUCCUCCAGAUACACCUUCCUCCACUCCUUCAACUCCUGGCUUCUCUCCCGGACCGCCACCAAAUGAGCCCCCGCCUUCUCCUCCGCCGUUUUCCCCAGGAUCUCCUCCUCCUUUUACACCACUAGACUCACCGCCCUCAAUCGUGCUUGGACCUCCGCCUCCAGAUGAGCCAGCUCCUCCUUUGCCUCCUGACUUCUCCCCUUCCGACUCUUCCACUGCAUUCCCUGACGAGGAAGGAGUCGACGAGGAGGUCCUGCAGCUGGCAGGGUAUGCCUGCUCCUCCACUACAAUCAGCCCAGUGCCCCCUUUGCCAGCAGAACGGAAAUCCCCUCGGGCAGGGGUCACAUCUCCUUUAGUCUACGGGAAUCUGGGAGGAAAGCAGACUCCAGAGGGAGCGUACCAGAGGGAUGAUGUAUCGGAUCUGACAGGCUCUCCCAGAGAGCUGACACCCAGCUUCAGGGGAACUCCGCCUCCUCUUCCUCCAACCGCAUACAGGUCCAUCAUGUCUUCCCCUGGGCCCUAUUCUGGAAGCAGCCCAUCAUCUCCAGCUCGCCCUGUCACGCCUCAGUCUCGAGGGAGUCCAGUGCCGCCUCCUCCUCCUCCUCGUCCAACCUCAAGACCAAAGCUACCCCCGGGGAAACCAAUCACAGAGCUAAGUCGGCCAUUCAGCCCACCGGUUGCAGUGAGCCCUCCACCUUUUGCACCCCUGGCCCGCGCUGAGAGCUCCUCCUCCCUCUCCUCUGUCACCACACAUAGUGCAGCUUCCACUCCAACCUUAGGACGAGACCUUAGCAUGCCCACCACAGAGGCCUCACAGCCUCUGGUGUGGUUUGACCACGGCAGGUUUUUUUUAGCCUUUGAAGGGUGCUCCAGAGGACCCAGCCCACUCACCAUGGGACCCCAGGACACUCUGCCAGUUGCAGCUGCAUUCACGGAAACUAUAAAUGCUUAUUUCAAAGGCGCUGAUCCCAGCAAAUGUGCGGUGAAAAUCACAGGGGAGAUGGUGCUCUCCUUCCCUGCAGGUAUAACCAGGCAUUUUGCUUGUCACCCAACUCAACCAAUCCUCACCUUUGUCAUCAGCAACUAUAACCAGCUGGAGCAAGUCCUCCCUAAUCCACAGCUGCUGUGCUGUGAUUCUGCAACGGAUGGUGUGGAUACCAAGGAAUUCUGGGUAAACAUGCCAAACCUGAUGAGCCAUCUCAAGAAAGUGGCCGAACAGAAGCCCCAGGCAACAUACUACAACGUGGACAUGAUCAAAUAUCAAGUGUCUGCAGAGGGGAUUCAGUCCACUCCUCUGAACCUGGCUGUGAGUUGGCGAGGUGAUUCCACCAACACCGACCUGCGAAUAGAUUACAAAUACAAUGCUGAGGCCAUGGCUUCUCCGGUGCCGUUACACAACAUCCACUUUGUGGUUCCUGUGGAUGGGGGCAUAUCCAGGCUGCAGACCAUGAUCCCCCCCGCCACGUGGAAUCCAGAGCAGCAAGCGAUUCAGUGGAAAAUCCAAAGCCUGUCUCAAAGAUCUGAAAAUGGAGGAGUAGGGGCUCUACUGGGCCGGUUCCAGAUGGAGGAAGGUCCCUGUAAACCCUCCAAGCCCCAGCUGGCGGUCCAGUUCACCAGUGAGGGAAGCACGCUGUCAGGCUGUGAUAUCCAGCUUGUUGGGACCGGCUACCGGCUCUCUCUGGUGAAGAAGAGAUUUGCUGCAGGGAAAUAUUUAGCAGAUAACUAGCAGGUUUGUUGAUGAAGAGCACCAAGGAAAUUCCUGGCUUUUGACUGUGAAGACUAUGGAUCCAUCCCAUGUUUAGUGGACAUCUGAAGUUCUCUAGCAAACCAUCAGAAUGGUUGAGGUAUGCUGGAAGAACAGAGUUUAUGCAAGUAAAUAUGGAUCCUUCUUUGUGCAUCUUGAACUCGUGACCUGAAACGGGGUAAAAAGAUAAGGAAGCUUGUUAACUGUAAAAUAAUUGUAAUUCAUACAGUGAUCCAGCAUUAUUUAUUUUAUUUAAUGUUUAACUGGUAAAUACUGUAAAUGCACAGUGGGAGAUGAUGUGAGUUGAUUGUAUGAAAUCAAGAACAAUCGUAAAGGUGGGAGUAAUUGUUCGGGGAAUGGGGGUUUACCUGUGAGAUUUGAUAUACACUGCCUCUUCAGAUUUGGUGGUAGCAUCCUUAUCAUCAUCUAAGAAGAACUUCUUCCUUUAGUUUAAUAAGCUUUGAAAAAAAAGAAAAGCCAAAAGCCAUCAGUUUGGCGAUAAAGAAGCAGGUUUUGGUUUCUCUGACGUGGAACUGAUCGCUGCUCUUCAGAACUUACAAUCAGAUUUGAUGCUGAAUCUAAAAAUUUUUCCACCCUGUGGAACUGACAGCACCUCCCAAAAAUGAUCCCUGUUUUGGUCAUUAAACCCAAACUUCAAAGCAUUUUAUUGGGACUUGAUUUAACAGACCAACACAAAGUAGAGCAUAAGUGUGAACUGGAAGUAAAUGCAUUAAUUUUUUUUAUUUUUUAUUUCCAAGUAAAUAGAAGGUAGAAAAUGUGUGGUUGGUGUUUAUAUUCUGCCUCACAAUGUCGAUAUUCUGUAAAGGGAAACAUCUUGUUACAGCAUCAUGCUGCCAGUGCCAUGCUUUACUGUGGGGACGGUGAGUUCAGCAUGAUGAGCCAUUUAAUCCUACUAAUACUCAAGUAUGAUGUGCCUUGUGUUGAUCUAUCACAUGAAAUCCCAGUAAAUUAAACAGAAUUUUGUGGAUUCAAUGUGAUAAAGUUAAAAAGGUGUAUAAGUAUAUUUGCAAGAAACUCUAUUUGUUAGAGAAAAUAAUAAAUUGAAGACCAACUUAGUAAAAAUACUUGUGUAAAAUUAGAAAUUUCAUCCCCUGAUGGCUUUAGUUGGGUUCUAUUACAAGAGAAUUUUUUUGUGCAAGAGAAAUUGAAAUUUUUGGGUGUUCAGGUUUGACACAGACAUGUAUUUCCAGCCACAUAUGUAGAUUAUCGAUCUUUAGGAAGCUGCAAAGAAAGCCCCCAAUAAUGAUCAAUUAUUGCAGCAGCAUAAUCUUCUAUUGAAUGCUUGAGAAAAAUUCAACCUUUGUUUCAAAGGCAUGUAAAUCAGAAAUAAAUCCCAUGUUAAGAAAUGAUAGUGGUGGGACUCUUGGUCCCUCUGAUGGUAUUUUGCUGAUUUUCCUUACUUCAAACAUUUCAGUUGUUGGAGGAAACACAUGGAGAGAGGGAAUCCUUUCACCUUUCCCUGCACAAUCCCUCCGUCUUCAAGAAUCCCGGUUCCUAUCAUUGACUCACUUCUGUUCAGCUCCAGGAUUUCC